GAGGGUCCAUGCUUUCCGGAAUCCUUGGGACGUCACAACUCUGACGUUGCCCUAUUGAAGUUGACAUGUAAAAAUGGUUAGGUAAGGGUUACGGUUGUGGUAAGGUAAGGUUAGGGACGUCCCAAGGAUUCCAGAAAGAACUAACCCAAGUGAGAGGGCGGUUGUUGGGCGGAGCGUCGCAGUAACUACAAGCAGAACCAGACCCCUUUGAAAGCACAGCGGAUAGAAAUAGUGAAAAUAGCAGGCUCGCUAUCUAGAAGGUGCUGUCUUUCCAACCAUAUUUCGAAUAAACGAGGGUGACUACCUCAUGAAGCUGGUUGGGAGAAUGUCAAGCGUGUGCAAAGCUGUCAUCAAGGCAAAUGUUGGCUAUUUGCAGAAUAAAUAAAGGAGCCAACAGACCUGGUGAUGAACGGUGACUCAGGUGCUGGGGUGGUGACUGCCCUCCCGCCCACCACCGCCCCCCACAAGGAGCGCUACUUUGACCGUGUGGAUGAAAGCAGCCUAGAGUACCGGCGUGAGAGAAACAUGGCUCCAGACCUCAGACAGGAUUUCAACAUGAUGGAGCAGAGGAAGAGGGUCUCCAUGAUCCUGCAGAGCCCGGCGUUUUGUGAUGAGCUGGAUACGAUGAUCCAUGACCAGCUGAAGAGGGGAAAGACCCCCACCAGCCUGUUGGCCCUGCAGCAGAUAGCUGACUUCAUGACCACCACUAUCCCCACCAUGUACCCUGCAGCGCCACAGGGAGGCAUGGCUGCACUCAACAUGAGUCUGGGUAUGGUAACUCCAGUGAAUGACCUGCGUGGAUCUGACUCUAUCUCCUAUGAGAAAGGAGAGAAACUGCUUCGUUGUAAGCUAGCUGCCUUCUACCGCCUGACAGACCUCUUUGGCUGGUCCCAGCUCAUCUACAACCACUUAACCGUCAGGGUGAAUUCAGAUCAGGAGAGGUUCAUUAUUGUCCCUUUUGGGCUUCUGUACAGUGAAGUCUCCGCCUCCAGUCUGGUGAAGAUUAAUAUGCAAGGGGAGAUUGUGGACCAGGGGAGCACCAAUCUAGGGGUCAACCAGGCUGGCUUCACUCUCCACUCAGCCAUCUAUGCAGCCCGGCCAGACGUUAAGUGCAUUGUGCACGUCCACACACCGGCAGGAGCUGCAGUGUCGGCCAUGAAGUGUGGCCUGUUACCCAUCUCUCCAGAGGCCCUGACCCUGGGGGAGGUGGCUUACCAUGACUACCACGGCAUCAUCAUAGACAAAGAGGAGAACGUCCUCAUACAGAAGAACCUGGGGCCAACAAGCAAGGUUCUGAUCCUGAGAAACCAUGGUCUGGUGUCUGUUGGGGAGACUGUGGAGGAAGCCUUCUACUAUAUCCACAACCUGGUCACUGCAUGUGAGAUCCAGGUGCGCACCCUAGCCAGUGCUGGAGGACCUGGUAACCUGGUGAUGCUGGACCCUGCUAAGUACAAAUCCCGGCCACGGUGCUCUGAGCAUGUCGAGGGCUCCACACACCCGAAAUGGCUGGUCGGGGAGCAGGAGUUUGAGGCUUACAUGAGGAUGCUGGAUAACCUGGGUUACAGGACAGGCUACCCCUACAGGUGCCCUGCCCUGCGAGACAAAGCUAAAAAGUUCCACAGCGACGUAGAGAUCGCUCCCUCGGCCACGGGCUAUUCCUAUGCCGAGGACAGUGACUCGGGCGCUCGCUCCCCUCUCAAGCACAGCUUUCAGAGGCAGCAGCGUGACAAGACCCGCUGGCCCAACUCGGACCGGCCGGAAGAGGCCUACGAGGAAGGGCCCGACGGUGGCAGCCCCAAGUCGAAGACUAAGUGGAUGAAUGAGGAAGGGAUGCGACAGGCUGCAGUAGCCAAUCAGUUUGUCCCGCUCAACACAAACCCCAAGGAGGUGCUGGAGAUGAGGAACAAGAUCCGAGAGCAGAACCUUAAGGACAUCAAGACUGCAGGGCCUGAGUCCCAGGUGCUGUGUGCUGGAAGCAUGGUGGACCGCUCCUUUGUCCAGGGAGAGCUGGUGACAGCAUCUAAGGCCAUCAUAGAGAAGGAGUACCAGCCCAGAGUCGUCAUCAACCAGAAAGGCCCCAACCCCUUCAACAAGCAGUUUGACCAGGAGCUGGAGGAAUACCGCAAGGAGGUGGAACUCAAACAGAAAGGACCCGAUGUACAGGGUGAAGGGUACUCCACAGCCAGGACACAGCUCCCUUCACCUGGGCCUGGGGAGGGAGGCCUGUCCCCCUCUACCUCCCCACAGAAGCCUGCACUGAAGCCAAAGCCCCGCAGCGUCCCAGAGAAGGGACUGGAUGUUUCAGAGACCCCCCCCACAGCCUCCACGGCCACCCCUAUCACCACCACCUCUUUCCCCAGCCGAGACACCCUGACACAGUCGGGGGAUGGUCAGGAGAGCCCUGGGAUGUCCACAGGGUCGGGGCCCAGGGCCUACGGGGGAGAUUCCCGCACAGAGUCUCCUCACAAGGAUUUUCACUGUGCCGUGCUGAAGGCCCUCAGAACCACCAACACAGAACUGGCUGCCCUCUCCCUCCUUGAGGCUCCAGAUGCGUUACCGGAGCCUGAGGAAGAGGUGAAGGGUCAGAGUCAGACCUGCACGCCCCCCAGCACCCCUGUCAGAGCAGAGGAAGAGCCCCAGCCGGAGCACAGCUAUAAGUAUGAGAGUGACCAGGCUCCACUGAGACAGACCCUCCCUGACCUGACCCAACACGACGAACCCUCCGCCACCCCAGCACCCACCCUCCCCGCUGAAGACCCCACUCCUGUCCCUCCCGCCACCACUGAGGGAGAGGGGCCUGCUGACGCUUCCGCCGCCGGCAACCAAGACUGUGAACAGGACGGUGACGAAUAUCUCAGCAAAUCACCUUCCAAGAAGAAGAAGAUGUUCCGCACUCCCUCCUUCCUCAAGAAAAACAAAAAGAAGAUGGAAGAAAAAGCAAAGGAAUCGUAGAUGAGACCUCCGCCUGCACACCCCUCUCACGCUUUGUAACCCUUUGCUUCCCCUUGAGCGAGCCACAACCCACAUAAUUUGAUAUUGAUGCUUUUUAUAAUUUGUUUGUCUGGCAUUACAACUUUGUGGGCACCUCCUAGUGUGUGCUAACUUUCUAUGAAAAAAAGGGUCGAAAUCACUUACGAAGUUUUAAUAAGUCGCUUUCAUUGGUGAAUGACUGUGCAUUAUGUCUGGUUCAGUGUGGCUUGUUACGCAUGCUGUCUAUUUAGGCCCACUACUUGGAGUGAGCAGUGCAUUUUUAUUUUCAAAUUAUUAUUAUUUUUUAAUAGUUACUGAAACUCGAUUAACCACUACAAUGUUUUGGGAUUGUGUGUGUGUGUGUGUGUGUGUGUGUGUGUGUGUGUGUGUGUCCCAAAAAAUGAAAAUAAGCUUUUACUCCGGCAUUUAACUGGUGGUAAUCGAUUCAAAAUGUAUAACUACAAAUUAACUGCAUGGUGCUAAUUUCAGAUUUCUAACAUUAGCGUAAAAUCUUUUCACUCAAACAUGGGGUCCAAGUUAGGUUUCUCUUGGCCUAUGGCCCGUGAGAACUCAAAUCAUGUCAAGAAUAGCAUAACAACUCUUAAUCUGAAUUUGACAUUCUGUCACUCUUCCAUCAACCAGGGUUUAGUGGCACCUGGUGAGAGGGAGGACUGCUGCUCCAAUCACAAAGACACAAACAAACGGGACCUAAGAGGACAGAUACGGUACUAGACAGAGAAUACAAAUGUAUUUUAUAUAGUUAAUGAUAUAGCUAUAGUCAAUUUAUUUUGUUAUUCCCAAAAAAAUCUUAAUUUAGCCAUUUUCACUUGCUGUGAGAGCACUGUGAACUGAAGCACCACAGCCUGGACUGCUGUUUUUUAACCGUUGCUUUUAGAGGAAACAGUAGGUCAGCCUGGAUCCAAACUGAAAGUCAAAAAGAACAAUUCAGGCUGGAUUCAGGCUACCGAUAAGUAUAUAGGGAAUGUUGGAAUACAGUUGUUUUGAAGCCACAUCGCACCAUUUUAACACUGCAUGCAUGAUCAGUGACCACACUGCAAUGGACUACUCUGUGAACCCCCUCUGAAAUGAAAUAACUGUCUCAAGAAAACAUCUCGCUUUCAAGUUGCAUUCAAGAUACUGGAGUUCAUGUAAUCUAUCUGUUGGUGUGAUCUUACAGCCUGGUCCCAGAUCUAUUUGUGCUGUCACACCAAACAAUGGCAAUAGGAAUGGACGAAAUUAAACAUCUGGGACAAGGCUAGCGAUCUUACGCCUUGGCUUGUUUUUUUAAGUUGUCAGGCAGAGGGGCAUUGAUACCGGACCAAUGUCAUGAAUCCCACUUGCCUGUGAAGCUUGAUUUUAGACCACUAUCAAAACCUAGCCUGGUCCCAGUUCUGUUAGUGCUGUCUUUACCAAUGGUAUAAAGGACCAUAGGAGUUGACAAGAUGGCACAAAUGGAUCUAUGACCAGGCUACUAUUAACCUGGUAUAUUACAUGAUUGAUACAAGCUGAGGACAUUAGCCUGUUCCCUGAAGAACCGCAUGGCAUUAAACUAAGGCCUUGUAUUGUU